AUGGAAAACGAGGGAGAAGAAACCAAACAAGAAAUUAGAGAAGAAGAGGAUGUUGAAGAAGAGGAGGAGGAAACAUUAGCUGAGAGACAAGACGGGGAGGAGAAAUGGGGCAUGAAGGAGUGGAACGGAUUCAUCUCCGGAAGAGAGGAGGCAGUGGCCGAGCUGAAGCCUGGGGAAAUUGUGACUCCCCUGCAGCUCUCCCUUCUUUGUCUCUCCCUACCAGAAAUUAAAGACCUGAAGGAAGUUGAUCAAGGGAGAUUCAUACAGUAUCGCUUCUCCCCUGCUUUUCUGAGCCUGAAGGAAAUAGGAGCUACGCUAGAAUUCAUGGUGGGAAGCAGGGCAGUGAACCGUUUCAGUUUGAUAGAGAGGCACUACUUUAGAGACCUGAUUCUCAAGACCUUUGACUUUGAGAUUGGCUACUGCAUUCCACAUAGCAGGAACACCUGUGAACACAUUUACUCUCUACCUGACCUGGACGCGGACAUAGUGGGGGAGAUGAUCAGCAACCCAUUCGAGACACGGACUGACAGCUUUUACUUCGCCAACAACAGACUCAUCAUGCACAACAAGGCAGAGUAUUCUUUCAGCGAGGGUGGAGGAACAUUGAUUGCAUUAUCACCCCAAAAUGGAUCUGAGGUCCAGAAAUAGGGUCGGAUGUGUGUCUGGGUGGGUUUAAGGGGGGUUAACAUCAGUAGGUUCACUAUGAGGUCAGAAAUGCUUCAGUGGAAAUGUAUUUAUGUGUGUAAGAAUAAUGUACAAAUAAGGGCUGUCAACCACCACUCAUUUAAUGAGUCACCAUGAAUCGCUUGAUGUUCUGUAGUUGAUCAUGAUUUCCUCAAAUGUGGUUGUAAAUAAAGUUCAAAUGUUAAUACUAUGCUGUAUUGUAACAGAUUAAUAGACAACACACCCUCUAUCAGAAUGUUUCUAAUAUGUUUUCCUGAUAAAAAUGCCUGUUGCAUAGAUAUACAUAGCCUUCAAAAUAUUAAGAUUUCUUCAUUUUCUUCACAUUUUUAUUUAUAGACUAAAUGUAUCAAGGAUUAAAUAUAUACACGAUCAGCCAUAACAUUAUGACCACCUGCCUAAUAUUGU